AUGGAGCCCGGAGAGCCCGCGGCGGCGCCCCUCAACCUGUCCCGAGCCGCGGCAGAGACGCCCCGCGGGGAGUUCAACCUGUCCGGGCUGCCGGAGGCGGAGGGGAAGCCCCUUUUCGGCAUCGGCAUCGAGAACUUCAUCACCUUGAUCGUCUUCGGUUUAAUCUUUACCCUGGGGGUGCUGGGCAACACGCUGGUGAUCACGGUGCUGGCAAGGAGCAAGCCAGGCAAGCGCCGAAGCACCACCAACAUCUUCAUCCUCAACCUGAGCAUCGCCGACCUGGCCUACCUGCUCUUCUGCAUCCCCUUCCAGUCCACGGUCUACGUGCUCCCCACCUGGGUGCUGGGAGCCUUCAUCUGCAAGUUCAUCCACUACUUCUUCACCAUCUCCAUGCUGGUGAGCAUCUUCACGCUCUCGGCCAUGUCUGUGGACCGGUACGUGGCCAUCGUGCACUCCCGACGCUCCUCAGCCUUGCGUGUGCCCCGGAACGCGAUGCUGGGCGUGGGGCUCAUCUGGGCGCUCUCCUUCGCCAUGGCCUCGCCCGUGGCUCACCACCAGCGCAUCUUCCACCGCGAGACCAGCAACCAGACCUUCUGCUGGGAGUUCUGGCCCAACCCACGCCACAAGAAGGUCUACGUGAUCUGCACGUUCGUCUUCGGGUAUCUGCUCCCGCUGCUGCUCAUCUCCUUCUGCUAUGCCAAGGUUCUUAAUCAUCUGCAUAAGAAGUUAAAAAACAUGUCAAAGAAAUCAGAAGCAUCCAAGAAAAAGACAGCACAGACUGUGUUGGUGGUGGUAGUGGUUUUUGGCAUCUCCUGGCUGCCUCAUCACGUGAUCCAUCUCUGGGCUGAAUUUGGAGUUUUCCCACUGACUCAAGCCUCCUUUCUCUUCAGGGUAACUGCACACUGCCUGGCUUACAGCAAUUCUUCUGUGAACCCAAUCAUAUAUGCAUUUCUGUCUGAAAAUUUUAGGAAGGCCUACAAACAAGUCUUCAAAUGCCAGAUUGGUAAUGAGUCACUUCUGAAUGAUGCUAAGGAAAAUAAAAGUCGGAUAGAUACACCACCCUCUACCAAUUGUACCCAUGUGUGAAUGUUGAGAAGCCCUGUAUGUUGGCUCUUCCCUUAUGUAAACCAAACACCAAGAAAAAGAAAAAGCACAAUGAGCUUUAUCCUGGGUUUAUCUUGAUAAUGCUAAUUGGUAUUUAAUGUACUGAAGUUUCAUUUGUAACCAAAGUUUGUGAAACUCAUAUGAAAACAACCUGGGCUGAU